AUGGGUGUUAAGCAAAAACCUUCACAAGCGACAAAUGCCAACGGACUAAAUCAAAAUAACGAUAAAGAUAAAGAACGUGAAAAGAAACGACGAGCUGCCGAAAGUAAUGUUGGGAAAGAAUUUCAAACUAUUGAUUUCAAUUCCAUGGAUAUUUCAGUUCUGCGAAAAUAUGUGAGAGUGCAUAAACUAAAGACAAAAUCAAAGGCGACCAAAGAUGAACUAGCAGCAGCAGUUUCCCGACAUUUCGCUAAUCAAACAGUAAAAGAGCUUGACACCAUUACCUGCUUCUUAUAUACCGCUCAUUAUAAAGAUUCCGUCUUACGACUUCCCUUACAUAUUUCACAAUAA